GGGGCUCUGCCCGAGGCGGGGGCGGCACGAUGCGGAAGUGCGGGGCGGGCUAGGCGACCCGCGGGAGACGCAGCUCGGCGAGGGCUCAGACCGGCCGCAGCGCCGGGCCGGGGCUCCUGGCUCCCCGAGGGCGCACCGCAGACAGAGCCUUUUGCCAUGAACCAGCCAGCCCCAGGGGUUGCCCCACCACCACGCCGUGUGAGGCUGAAGCCCUGGUUGGUGGCCCAGGUGAACAGCUGCCAGUACCCAGGGCUUCAGUGGGUCAAUGGGGAAAGGAAACUCUUCUAUAUCCCCUGGCGUCAUGCCACAAGGCAUGGUCCCAGCCAGGAUGGAGACAACACCAUCUUCAAGGCCUGGGCUCAAGAGACAGGGAAGUACACCGAGGGGGUGGACGAGGCUGACCCAGCCAAGUGGAAGGCCAACCUGCGCUGCGCGCUUAACAAAAGCCGUGACUUCCGUCUGUUCUACGACGGCCCUCGAGACAUGCCACCUCAGCCCUACAAGAUCUACGAGGUCUGCUCCAAUGGCCCUGCUCCCACAGAGUCCCAGCCCACUGAUGAGUACAUUCCUGGAGAAGACGAGGAGGAGGAAGAGGAAGAGCUCCAGAGAAUGUUGCCAAGCCUGACCAUCACAGAUCCUGUGCUACCUGGGCCUCCCAUAGCACCCUACUCCUUACCCAAAGAAGGCGUCAAGUGGCCACCUGCUCUCCAGCCAUCUGUAGGGCUGGGUCACCCAGCCCCAGAUCCAAAUCUCCUGGCCCCUCCCUCUGGAAACCCUGCUGGCUUCAGGCAGCUUCUCCCUGAGGACCUGGAGCCUGGACCGCUGGCUCCCAGCCAGCCCCCUCCAGAACAACUCUUGCCUGACCUGCUCAUCAGCCCCCACAUGCUGCCUUUGACUGACCUGGAGAUCAAGUUCCAGUACCGUGGUCGUCCACCUCGUGCCCUCACCAUCAGCAACCCACAAGGCUGUAGGCUCUUCUAUAGCCAGCUAGAGGCUACCCAGGAACAAGUGGAACUCUUUGGCCCUGUGAGCCUGGAGCAAGUGCGCUUCCCUAGCCCGGAGGAGAUCCCCAGCGACAAGCAGCGUUUCUAUACAAACCAGCUGCUAGACGUCCUGGACCGUGGGCUCAUCCUCCAGCUGCAGGGCCAGGACCUGUAUGCCAUCCGUCUGUGCCAGUGUAAGGUGUUCUGGAGUGGACCCUGCGCCUUAGCCAAUGGCUCACGCCCCAACCCCAUCCAGCGAGAAGUCAAGACAAAGCUCUUUAGCCUAGAGCAGUUUCUCAAUGAACUCAUCCUGUUCCAGAAGGGUCAGACCAACACUCCACCACCUUUUGAGAUCUUCUUCUGCUUUGGAGAAGAAUGGCCUGACCUCAAGCCCCGAGAGAAGAAGCUCAUUACUGUACAGGUGGUACCUGUUGCAGCCCGGUUGCUGCUGGAGAUGUUCUCUGGGGAGCUUUCCUGGUCAGCAGACAGCAUCCGGCUGCAGAUCUCAAACCCAGAUCUCAAAGACCACAUGGUGGAGCAGUUCAAAGAGCUCCAUCACAUCUGGCAGUCCCAGCAGCGGUUGCAGCCCAUGGUCCAGGCCCCUCCUGUGGCGGGCCUUGGUGCUGGCCAAGGGCCCUGGCCCAUGCACCCAGUUGGCAUGCAGUAACAAGGCUGCAGAUGGUGGCUGUCCUGGGCCUCCUGGAGCAACUGUGGAGAUUGACAUGGCAAUGGAGUGGCCCCAGCAGGCCUGGCUGGCUGCAGGGUUCUACCUGAGUCUCCUGGAAGGAGAGCAGGGCCAACAAGGACAUACAAGAGGCCUCAGGCCACAUUCUCCCUAAAAUUCCAUCUGAGCACUGUCUUCCGGUGAUUUCUCUAAUCUGUUUGGUUCUGAAGAAAUGUGGCCAGCAGCCCCAGCGGGAGGGAAGGAACAUCACUAGCCUGGAGCCUAGGUACACAGGUCCAGUUACCCCAGGGUAGCCAACGCUUAUGGUUGCCCCAAUUUCUCUAGCAAAAAGGGCCAAGGAGUGUUGUUGGGGCUUCUGCAGAGAAUGGACCUGAUUUGGGGGUUCCCUAGUUUGAGCCUUUCUCGUCUUCCUUCUGACAAGGACGUCACUAGACUUGUGCUGACAGCUGCCCUCCUUCAGAGUCUAAGAAGCUGGGGUAGAAAGUAGAUAUUAAUAUAUUUUUGGAGUAAUAAAUGUUAAAAGCAGA